ACAUCGAGCAGAGCUCUGCUGUGCUUUGGCCCAUCAAUGGAGGAAAGAACGUCAUCUGUUUCAUACAUUUAGUUAGCUGCCAAAUCAGUUCAGUUCUUCCAUAAACUAGUAUUUUUAUCCCACAACACAUUGUUUUCAUAGCGCUGUCUCUUUUGUGUGCCAAAUAUGCAUAAAAAAGACAACAGUCAGUGCCAAGAAAGGUUGAAAGGGGAAUUCGUGUAAAGGCAAGUGCUAGCCUUGCUAUCUUGGUUAGCUAGAUAGCUACAAUUCUGAUCAGCUAGCUAGUUCAAGAAACCGAAUUAAAACCAAAAAUUCAUAUCCAAGUAAAGAAAUAUUCAAUUGCAACCAGACGAGGGGCUAUUUGAAGCAAACUCAAUUUCUGCUAAAACGUGGUGGCCUAAGCCAUGGGGGCGUUCCUGGACAAGCCCAAGACGGAGAAGCACAAUGCCCACGGUGAGGGCAACAACCUCCGUUAUGGCCUGAGCAGCAUGCAGGGCUGGCGGGUGGAGAUGGAGGACGCCCACACCGCUAUGGUGGGUCUACCCCAUGGCCUGGAUGACUGGUCCUUCUUCGCUGUCUACGACGGCCACGCCGGCUCCCGCGUGGCUAACUAUGCCUCUAAACACCUGCUGGGGCACAUCAUCACCCACAGCAUGGGUUCCCCGGGCCCUGAAGGUGUCACCCCAGCCCCCACCGUGGAUGCGGUCAAGACGGGGAUCCGCACCGGUUUCCUGAACAUCGAUGAGCACAUGAGGAACUUCUCAGACCUGCGUAACGGUAUGGACCGCAGCGGCUCGACGGCCGUGGCCGUACUGCUCUCGCCAGAGCACCUCUACUUCAUCAACUGUGGUGACUCACGGGCCGUGCUCUACCGCAACGCGCAUGUCUGCUUCUCCACGCUUGACCACAAGCCCUGCAACCCACGGGAGAAGGAGAGGAUCCAGAACGCAGGUGGCUCGGUAAUGAUCCAGAGAGUAAAUGGUUCCCUGGCCGUGUCCCGGGCCCUGGGAGACUACGACUACAAGUGUGUGGAUGGGAGGGGUGCCACGGAGCAGCUGGUGUCACCAGAGCCCGAGGUGUUUGAGAUUGAGAGGGCCCCAGAGGAUGAGUUUGUGGUGCUGGCCUGCGACGGUAUCUGGGACGUGAUGAGCAACGAGGAGCUGUGCGAGUUUGUCAAGUCCCGUCUGGAGGUGUCCCACGACCUGGAGAAGGUCUGCAACCAGGUGCUGGACACCUGCCUGCACAAGGGAAGUCGGGAUAACAUGAGUGUUGUGUUGGUGUGUUUGCCAAACUGCCCUAAAGUGUCAGAGGAGGCGGUGAAGAAAGAUACAGAGCUGGAUAAGUUCCUGGAGUCUCGUGUGGAAGAGAUCAUAGAGAAGGCAGGAGAGGAGGGUAUUCCCGACCUGGUGACGGUCAUGAGGAAUCUGUCCUCAGAGAGCAUCCCCAACCUGCCACCAGGGGGAGGCCUCGCCAGCAAACGCAGUGUUAUCGAAGUAGUGUACAACCGGCUGAACCCACACAGGGAAGUGGAUGGGCCCUCCUGUAUCAUUUGGCUGCCUCCUUUGGGGAUGUACCAGAUGUGAUUGUCGAGCACUUCAGGAGAGGUGCUCAUCUCUGAGAUCUGGGGAGCGAUCCCUGCUUGUCUCCUUGGAGUGGAGUUGGUUUUGUUGUGUAGGGGGGCAUUUUGGAUUGGUGUGACGUAAACAAGCCAGGACUGUCUAUGAUGAGGAGUCUGUCAUUAGACUGGAGCAGACCUUGAGGACCCCUGGUAACUGGCCAUCAGAACUGCCUGUUCCUACAACGGGACUCCUUUAUACACAAGACAUCUUUGCUCACUUUAUUCCUUUUUAUUUUUCCUACGAUACCAAGAGAUCGAUUGGACCAUAAAUGACGAUUUUAAAAAAUCACACAAAAAAUCAGUUAACACACAACACAAAGGAUUGCAAAACAUUUUUGAUUAAAAAAGGGUGUUUAAAAAGCACUCGUACAUCUGAGCUGUCUUUGCUGCAGGUGCAUGCUAACAAUGGAAUAACAUGAGAAAAAAGAAGAAACCCGCACACGUUAGAGCUUUGUUGAAGGCCUUGAGGCCGAUACGUAAAGCUUAAUAAAGAGCAGCGAUACUAGCAAGAGUAGUGUGCAGGUUUCUUCUUUUUUCUAAUGUUAAAAAAGGGGGGAAAGAAAGACUGCGAUGGUAGUAUAAACGAUGUAUACAAAAUAUAUAUACUAGACAAAUUAAGACUUGUUGUUUUUUUUCCUUUUUAUAGCUUUUUUGUGGUUUUUCUUUUUGUGCUGAUGAAGAGACACGAGGGCCGUAGUUGGGACAUUUUGUGGCCCAUCCCUGUGCAGUCUGGGGUGCCUUUUUCCCCAUCGCUGAGGAUGGAGGAGCUAGCUGUUAACUGACCAGGCCCCAAGUCCCUGCUUCCAGACACAAGGGGCCCUACAGAGGACCACCACUGGGUCAGGGACUCACUUGCCUGUGGCUGCCUGGCUGGACAUUGCUACUGGGAUUUCAGAUAGACAAACCCAAAUGUGUGGACAGGAUAGGAGUGACUGGCUGCAUUCUAUGGCAUUACUUGUGUGGAAGGGUUUGGAGACUGACCGCUUUUUGCACCUUUUCCCCUCACCUUUUCUCUCCAACCAACAACAAAAAAACAACGGAGACCCAGCUAAUGUUUGCAUUGACAGACACUGCCUAAACUUCAACCAUUUCACUUCCAUAAGCUUUCUAGCCUGCUGUUGAUCAAGAAAAAUUUAAAAUAUAUAUCAAAUCCAUAUAUUUUUGAUUUAUGUAAAAAAAAAAACUUAAAAAAAACGUGUCAGAUGUGGCCUACUGUGUGUGUAAAGAUGAGGAAGUUGCUGGUUUGUUGACUUUAGGAGUCAAGCAGAGAUCUUGAUUGACACGUGAGGAGAUCUACGUGUGUGGGGGUGUGUACAAACCAGCCGCCCAAGGACUCUGGGUUUUUGGGCUAAAGGGAUUCUAACUGCCCAACAAAGCCUCACUACUCAUUUCUCCUUGCACUUCUUUCUUUUUAGAUUAUCCUAUGUUAUGUCUUUCCUCACCCUCUCCUUAAAAUGCAGAAACGGACUCUUGCAACAACUUGCCUUUUAUUAGAUUUUUCUCGGAUAAUAUUAUUAAGUGUGUUCUUUUUUCGUUUAGCAAUUUCAAAUUUCUAGGCAAUGAUGACGUUCACCUUUUAGUUUAUUUUUCAAAUGCCGUGUUAAUAGUGUAAUAUGGUUGUUCCAUUGCGUUAUCUAAAUUUCAAUAGAAAUUGCUUGUAUGAAAAAAUGAAACUGAUUAAAUGUGUUAAAAGGAGAAGUCAAGCAUGAUUUAGUGUGCCGGUGAGGUGGCUCUCGGCCCAGGAUUCUGGCUUGGCUAUGAUCUGGUACACAAGCCUUGGUGCCAUGUGACUUAGGUACUUGAAUGUUGGGUGUGGUUCUAUUUUUGCAAUAUUGAUUUUCAUGAGAUAAUAAAUGUAAAAAAUUGGGGGGGUUUAAGAUUUUUUUUAGCUGUGCAUGUUUUGUGUUGGAGGAAUGCGUGGUGUGGGAUGGGGGUCAGACGGGUGGGGUGGGGGUCCUGGUUAAUGGGUAUGUUUAAGCUAUAGUAGACACUGGGUUAAGAGGGUGUGGGGCUGCUUUGAAUGUAAUUCACCUUCACACUACCCUGCACAGGCUGAGCGGAGGCUACAGAUGCUUUCCUCCCCCUGGUUAUUUGAUGACAGAACUUACCCUGGCAUUUAGUUUUCAUUGGAAUAUAUAGGCUAUAGAGUCCCACGUGGGGUUAUAUUAAUACAAUCUUUAUUCUCAUCUUCCUCCCUAACUGGAGCAAUGUGCUGGCCCCGCCCCCUAUUACUAACUGUAAUGAUUGAAAAAUAAGAAUGUUUGUGAUGUUUUGGGGGCUGGAAAUGAACUUGGUGAUUUAGUGCCCAUGUUAUUCAUCCUGAUUUUCCUUUUAUCUUUUUUUGUGUAUCUACAAGUAUUGACAUAUAGAAUGGUGAUCAUUUCCACAUUUUAUUUAUUCCUGAUUUUAGCCUUUAACAUGAGAGGUGCUGUAUUUGAGAAUGGUAUGCGGUUAUGAUGUGUGGCAGGGUUUGCCCCGCCCCCUCUGCAUGGUCACCUGAGUGAAGAGGGGUUCAGGGGUCAAUCGUGGGUUUAAACCAUACCUCCUGAUAGUUCCCAAUAUAACAUUGUGAUGUUUCAGACCAUACCGUGAGCAUAAUCUUCAAUAAAGGAUGGAUACAUUUAGAUUAAA